AAUAUAUCCACCCCAAAAUGAAUCGCACUUUAUUCUUGCUUAUGGUUUAAAAUCCUUCUUCACAUUACCAAAAUGGUACAGGGAAAAAACAAAAGAUAAGGAUUAAUUACAAUACCCCCCUUUUGUGCUCAACAACGAGAGAGAGAGAGAGGAUAUGGUCUAGUUGAGAGAGAGAGAGAGAGAGAGAGAGACUGUGUGUGUCUCGAUUGAGGUGGGUUCUUUUUUUUUUUUUUUUUUUUGGAGAUGUCAGGUGGAGGCUGUAGUAUAGUAUGGUUCAGGAGAGAUCUGAGACUCGAGGAUAACCCAGCACUGGCCGCUGGAGUGAGAGCGGGUGCUGUGGUUGCAGUCUUCAUCUGGGCACCCGAGGAGGAAGGCCACUACUACCCAGGAAGGGUUUCAAGGUGGUGGCUUAAGAACAGUUUGGCUCACCUUGAUUCCUCUUUGAGGAGCCUUGGCACUUUUCUUGUCACCAAGAGAUCCACUGACAGUGUUUCCUCUCUUCUUGAGGUUGUCAAGUCGACCGGUGCAACUCAACUCUUCUUCAACCAUUUAUAUGACCCUUUGUCACUUGUUAGGGAUCACCGGGCAAAGGAGGUUUUAAGUGCCCAAGGGAUAGCUGUACGUUCCUUUAAUGCGGAUUUGCUCUAUGAACCGUGGGAUGUUAAUGAUGCUCAUGGCUGCCCGUUCACAACUUUCGCCUCCUUCUGGGAAAGAUGCCUUAGCAUGCCUUAUGACCCGGAGGCACCACUUCUCCCACCUAAGAGGAUAAUUUCAGGUGAUGUAUCAAGGUGCCCAUCAGAUGCAUUAAUUUUUGAAGAUGAAUCAGAGAAGGGAAGCAAUGCACUUCUUGCUCGAGCAUGGUCACCCGGUUGGAGCAAUGCUGAUAAGGCUCUGACUACAUUCAUAAAUGGGCCAUUGCUAGAGUAUUCUAAAAAUCGCAGGAAAGCGGAUAGUGCCACGACCUCAUUCCUCUCUCCCCACCUGCAUUUUGGGGAGGUGAGUGUGCGGAAAGUAUUUCAUCUUGUCCGCAUCAAGCAGGUUCUCUGGGCCAAUGAAGGAAACGAGGCUGGUGAAGAGAGUGUAAACUUAUUUCUGAAGUCUAUCGGUCUUAGAGAAUAUUCAAGAUACUUGAGUUUUAACCAUCCUUACAGCCAUGAAAGGCCUCUUCUUGGACACCUCAAGUACUUCCCUUGGGUCGUGAAUGAAGGUUAUUUUAAGGCAUGGAGACAAGGUAGAACUGGUUAUCCAUUGGUGGAUGCUGGCAUGAGGGAGCUAUGGGCCACUGGAUGGUUGCAUGAUCGGAUACGAGUAGUGGUUUCUAGUUUCUUUGUGAAGGUUCUUCAACUUCCUUGGAGAUGGGGGAUGAAAUACUUUUGGGAUACACUCCUAGAUGCGGAUCUUGAGAGUGAUGCUCUUGGUUGGCAGUAUAUAUCUGGUACUGUCCCUGAUGGCCGUGACUUUGACCGAAUAGAUAAUCCACAGUUUCAGGGUUACAAGUUCGACCCUAAUGGAGAGUAUGUACGACGUUGGCUUCCUGAACUUGCCAGGCUACCAACUGAAUGGAUACACCACCCGUGGAAUGCACCAGAAUCUGUACUCCAAGCUGCUGGAAUUGAGCUGGGAUCAAACUAUCCUCUUCCCAUUGUAGAGAUAGACGCAGCAAAAGCUAGGUUGCAAGAAGCACUAUCAGAGAUGUGGCAGCAAGAAGCAGCAUCAAGAGCUGCUAUUGAAAAUGGAACGGAGGAAGGGCUUGGAGAGUCUGAUUCAACCCCGAUUGCCUUUCCUCAAGAUAUACAAAUGGAGGAAAAUCAUGAACCAGUGAGGAACAACCCCUCUACUACAAUUCGUCGCUACGAGGAUCAGAUGGUCCCGAGCAUGACUUCUUCUUUAGUGAGAGUGGAAGAGGAAGAGCCUUCUUUGGAUCUUCAAAAUUUGGCAGUAGAUAACAGAGGUGAAGUGCCAACCAAUUUAAAUGGAAAUCAAGAAGCAAUGAGGAACACAUUAAACCAACCAGUUCUUCAGACUGUUCGGAGAGACAACCUGGCACAAUUUGGUACUCCAAUAGUGCUCCAGAGUGCCCCUGAAGAUUCCACGGCAGAAUCUUCUAGUAGUAGUAGGCGAGAGAGGGAUGGAGGUGUAGUUCCAGUUUGGUCUCCUUCAACUCCUAGCUACUCAGAGCAGUUUGUGGGUGAUGAAUCAUACUUGCCAAGGCAUCCUCAGUCUCACCAAAUACUUAACUGGAGGCGGCUAUCUCAAACUGGGUAGAACAUCUAUAGACAAGAGGACCAGUAGUUCGGAGGUGGAGAUGAGUGUCAUGCACAACUCUUGGCAAAUGGGAUGUUGAACCGGUAUCCCACAUAUAUCAGGCGCCACCUUUUGGUUUCACCGGACUGACCCAAUCUGCAGCUAGCCGACCUACUUUGGAUACGAGCAGCUCAUCUGGCUGGCCGCUUUCCUUACUUUGUUGUACCAUAUAUGUAGCUAUGCUGUAUAGUAAAUGUUGUAAGGGGAGAAUAGAGUAAUAAUAGGGUUGUGUAGUCCUCCAAUAAACCAGGUUUGUUCUUUCUCAAUUUACUGAUUAGGCUGAUAUUCUAUUCCAAUUUAUGUUUUUGUCA